ACCUCGUCGAUAUGGUCACAAAGUCGCAAGAAGACCUCCGGUGAGAGGGGGCUUAUGCAUCUGAUGAUCUGAUGAAGUGCACACCAACGGACAAACGAGCAGCCUCUCAAAUCUCUUAUUCCCUCGUGGAAUUGCAUGCCGCCCGUUGCCGCGUCCGAGCGUCUCCUCGCGCUCUCUCUGGAUCUCUAGAUGUGAAUGCUCAACACAACAACUACACAUCAUCAUUUACACCCACGCCCACCUCAUCUCUUCUCACCUCCCUAUCCUGCGUAUUAUCGCUAGGUAAAGCGAAAUCAUCCACAUGAGCCACGGCUCAUCACCCCUUGGUCCGAGCUCGACCUCAGCUUCUUCCUCCUUCGCGCAACAUAUCACUACAAACGCUUCAGCCUCGUCUUCCUCCUCGCCUUACCACCUCGCACCCGGUGGACCCUCUUCAAGACCGGCUAAACGGGUCAAGGUCGAGCAUACGAAUUCUCAGGAUGGCCGGAUAGGUGCCAGCUCGGUAUCCGGCUCUGGAUCGGGGUCGAUGGGGAGAAUGGGGGAACGGGCGAGGAGUUAUAGUAUGCGGGAGGAAGAAGAGGAGGAACGAGAGCCGGAAUAUGUAGGAGAUCCUGCCAACCUCGAGCAAUACCGCAAAGAAGCCAUCUAUCUCUCCCUCCUCUCCUCGAAGCGCCAUACUUUCCGAACACAAAAACGGGUCAAGGAACUGGAGAACCAAUUGAAAGGCCUACAGAGCGGGGUGAUCGUCGUCGAGAAAGUAUGGGGAGAUGUGAUGAGGCUUUUGGAGGGUGCUGCGGCAGGAAGCAGUAGGGCUGAUGAAGGGAGGGAGGUCGAAUUGCCAUCUAUAAUAGAAUCCCUGAAAGACCCAACGCUUCAAGCUCAACUAGAAUCCCGUCUCCCUUCUUUACAAAACCUUCUAUCUCGCCUCUUUCCUACAUCCACCUCGACACCCACCUUGACGAAUUUCUCCCUGAGCGCAACCCUGGAAUCUGCUCUAGAAUCGCUCCGUAUAGAACGGGACGAGCUGGUUCAGAAGUACGAAUCCGUCGUGCUAGAGCUGGAUGGGGUGAAACACAAGUGUGAUCGGUGGAAGCUCGAAUAUGAACGGGUGCAAAGGGGCGAGGAGACAGCGGGGGAGCAGGGUCGUGGCACGCGGUUAGGAGAGGUUAAGGAGGAGGAUAUUGCAAAGAAGGGAGAGGGUGCGACAGGGGAGAGCUCGGGUGAAGGGCAGAGAUUAUUGAAGGAGGAAGGCGACAAGGCUGCUAUGGAAGAUCGGAUAGCAGGGACUAACGGGAAUCAUCACGCCGAGACGAACGGUCAGAUCCUGACAGCCGCGAAUGACCACGAGAAUCUCUUGACCCGCCUGAAAUCCAAAGAUCUCGAGAUCGAUCGUCUGAGCGAAGAAAAGACCCGAUUACAGUCGGAGAUGGAUUUCCUCAAAGAGGUCGCUUGGAAUCCGACCGAAGACGCUGUGACUGCCAGUGCCAUGUUCAAGGCCUUGAAAGCGGAGUUCGAGGAACAGAGGACGGAUGCGGAUGAGGCCAAGAGGUUGGGAGAGGUUGCGGAGAAGAGGGCGGACGAGUUGGUCGGAAAUCAAGAGGGGUUCAAGGCGGCCAUGGAGUACUCAUACAACCAAAAGUUUGAGUCUCUCGACCGACUGAUCCGAGCGAAGGAUGCGGAUAUCGCCAGAUUGAGAGGUCAACGAGAUGCAAUUCGAGAAGAAAACGACAUGUUGAAGGGAGAGAAACAAGUCGUCUUCAAUAGCAUCAAGGAGACGGAUGAGAUGGUAGCCUCUGCCGAGGAACGACUCAAGGCCGUGCAGUCCGAGUUGAAGCGGCUUCGAAGUAGAAGCGCGGCUGAGGCUGGGGAGCAGAGUUAUCUCGGAUUCUUGCUGGAAAAAAGCGGACAAGAGCUGGAUUACGUCCGGUCGCUGGAGAACAAGAUCACCGAGGCUGGCGAUCGUGAACGCGCUCUGCAGGAGCAGAUCAAGAGUUAUAUGCGAGAUCGAGAUACGCCUAAUAUAACCGGCCUGAUGCGGGCUGAGGGCAGGGCAAGGGAAGAGGCGGAAAAGUACAAGCGGAUGUACCAGGAACGGGAGGCGGCCGCUAAGAAUGGACCCAACUCGACACUGCUCGAACAGGUGGCAGAGAAGAGUAAAGAGAUUGAUAGGCUUGCCGGGAUGCUGGAGGAGCGGGAGGCGGCGACCAUGACGCUGUACAGUGAGGUGGAGAAUCUCUCGAAAGCUUACGAGCAGAUGGAGCGGACAGCGACGAAAAAGGUGUACGACCUCAAGUCACUGGAAAAUCAAGCCUUGGAAGCCAUGACUGUAAAAGCCAAAGCGGAACACAAGUACUUUGCCGAAUGUCGAAAAUCCGCUGCUUUGUUAGACCAGCAGCAAGCCAUCACGAAGACCCUGGAAGCGCAGAGAGUCGCGCUAGAUAAAUCUCGCAAGGUCGAGGAUGAUCUGCGCUCACAGCUGGCUGGCCAAGAAAAAGAGAUCAUUGCCCUCAAGAACAAACAUCUCCUCGCUUCGAAGCAGGUGCAGCGGCUGGAGACUGACGUUGUACGAUACAAGUCUGAGGCAGAGGAAUCGUCACAUCGCGCCGAGGGACGAGAGAAGAUCAACAGCGAUCGAUUAGAAGAGCUCAAGCAAGCACAAGCAGAGAACCGCUCACUGAAGACCGAGAUCGAGGAGACCAAGCACAAGCUCAAGCAGAGUCAGUCGAUGCUAAAGAGCACGCAGGGCAAGGGCGUUUCGGUUGGCGAGGUCGCCUUGCAAAAGGAGAGGGACAUGUUGUUUGGCAUCUUGCGAUGCACAGCGUGUCAUCUACGCUUCAAGACCAAAAUUCUGGCCCCAUGCCUACAUACCUUCUGUGACGAGUGUAUUACCGCUCGACUAACAAACAGGAACCGAAAAUGCAUCACUUGCAUGAAACCGUUCGCUGAGAGCGACGUCAAAAAUCUGUUCUGAGGAACAAUCACCUAUAGUUGUAUAUACGCAUGCAUCCUGGAAGGGCGGGGAUCGAAGUCGAGUUGUGUAACUAUCAAAGCAUCUCUUCCCCGAUCCUGAGAGCAUAUAAACCACUUUAGCCCGGAUCCAGCCUUCCCGUUGCAACAGGGUGAUACAUUUC